AAUUGACACGUGGCAUUUGCGACAUGCCAGCCACUGACAUUAUUUUCUUUUGUCUUCUGCUUCAUUCAACGAGUAAAUUAAAAAGGAAACCAAGAAACUUUAAGGAAAUACUCAAAUACCCCUUAAGAUUCUGAAAUGAUGGACAUUGACGAAUCAUAUCAUCGUUCAAAUAUUUGGUUAGUAAAUCAUUCCUAUUUUCUGCAAGAUGCGUUAUAUUUUUUUCUUUUAACUAUUUUAGGUUAAAGACUCCUAUUUUCGUGUAGUCAAAUCAAAACUGAAAUAAAAUCUUCAUAAAGAUUAUGUACAAGUUAUUUCAUAAUAAUAAAAUUGAUGUUAGAAAAAAAAAAUCUUCAAGUUUUCAAAAAAAAAAAAAUCUUCAAGUUCAGACAGAUUUUAUUUCCUUAUGUUAUGCCCUGGAAAAUAACAAGAUUGAAAAUUACAUUUAUGCAAAAGAUACUACACACGGGAACAUAUCAAAUUUCAUGGAAAUAUGACUAAAGAAAAGAAAAAUAUUUUCUUAAUGAGUAUGGUAAGACUUUAUUUGUUUGAACAUUAUUUACAAAGAAAAUAUACACUACAGAUUUUGUGCACAUACGAUAAGUCCAUAACACUACAAGUCAAGUCAAUCGAAAAGAUAUAUAUGGUCACAUGUGUGCUGGUGUUUGUUCAGAUUAUAUACUAAUAAGUAAUUUAAUUGUAAAGUUGGAAAUGAUAAAUUAUUCUGUUUCUAAAAAUAAAAUGAUAUGAACAAAUCUCUUAAUUUAAAUAUUUUGACCUUAUAUAAAAGCCACAUCCUUUGUUUUCGUAGCCACAACUAGUCCUCUCUCCUCUCUAAACGUCACAUGAACAAUCAAAUCAUCCCCGUCGGUUUUCCGGUGAUAUUCGGAGACCGGCAGUUACAGCACAUGCAGUCUCGCGCCGCAGAUCCAGUUCAAACCGCACCAAGCUUCAACAAAUACCAUUUCAACCAAUCUCCAGCGAUAUUUAAACGACAGAGAGAUUAUGCGCUUGACUCCAACGCUCUAAUGACAGCUCAGAAACGUAGGUCCGUUGCGUUUGCCCCGCCACAGUCUCUAAUUGAGGCACAACUCGUUUCUCAGGUCCAGCAGCAACAAACAGAUAUCGAUCUGUUCGCCACACAGCAAACGCAAACGCUCAGAUUGGAGUUAGAAGCGAGGCAGAGAACGCAAACGUUAUCCUUAGCGUCAGCGGUUCAGUCCGCGUUUGUCAAAAAGCUUAAACAGAGAGACGACGAGAUCGUCCGAAUGGGGAAACUAAACUAUGUUUUGCAAGAACGAGUGAAGAGUCUCUACGUCGAGAAUCAGACCUUGCGUGACCUCGCUCAGACCAAUGAAGCUACAGCUAACACUCUCCGGUCAAAUCUUGAACAUGUUCUCGCUCAGGUCGACGAGUUUCCGGCGACCGCAGCAGCCGGCGGAGAUGUUUUUCGUCCUCCGGUAGAAGAGGAUACGGUAUCCAGCUGCGGGAGCUGCGACGGUGCUGAUGGUGGUGAUGUCACGGCGGUCACAAGAGGAUGCAAACGGUGCGGUGAAAGAACGGCUAGUGUAUUGGUGCUGCCUUGCCGUCACUUGUGUUUGUGUACAGUUUGUGGAUCGGCUCUGUUACAGUCAUGCCCUGUAUGCAAUACGGUCAUGCAUGCUAGUGUCCAUGUUAACAAUAACAUGUCAUGAGACUCUUGACCCAUAUUUAAAAAAAUAUAUAUAUAUAUUUCGUUUUUUUGCGAAGGAUUUGAUAGCAGAGUACAAGAAACUAGGUAAUAAUCCGCGUCUUGCGCGAAAUGUGAUUAUUAGUUUUGUUAUUUUUUAAU